AUGCCUUAUGCGCCAUCCAAUUCGUUCAAUAAACAGAAUGAAGACAGUGCUCCAGUUGACAACCAAAAUUAUCAUGGCAGCUCAAAUUGUUCUUCUAUCAAACCUAAUGCUGUCAACACUAGUCGUACUUUUCAACAAUCUUAUUACUUCAUUGAGAGCUUUUCAGCAUAUUUUCCUGGUAAUUGUAUUGAUGGUAUGCCAAUAACAAAAGAACCAACAGAGAUGGCAGCACGGGGAAAAAAAUUCACCGAUGGAAUCGAACUUGGCUUCAAACCAUUAAACACUGUUACAAAUCCAAUCGCUAUACCUUCAACAAGUCCUACAAUUAGAUCAAGCUCUUAA